AUGAACAGAGAGAUCCUCGUUAUGCACCCACUUGGUCAUCACCACGUUGACAUGAUGCCAGAGCCUACUCCCAUUGCCGUUCAUGAUAUGACGAUUGUGGAUCGUGUAAGUCUCAAUGAUGCGAGAUUCGUCCGCGACAGUCUACGAAGCGGCAUUCUGGCUCUCUUGAAUUCUUCAGGAAGUCCACUACUGGCAUCCAAUGCAUCCAAUAUCGAACAUCAAGACUGUUCGGUCGCCUCGCCGCCGAUAAAACGUCACUCCCUCAAUGAAGAACUAUGUUGCAAGAGCGACUCUGAAAGUUUAAGCGAUGGAUUGACCUCCACCAAGAGCCACUCGGAGAAGUGGCACCAACGAUAUCAAGAUCUUGUUCAAUUCCGUUCCAAACACGGCCACUGCCUUGUCCCUCUUGACUGGCCUGAGAAUCCAGCACUCGCUCAUUGGAUCAAGCACCAACGAGGUCAACACAAGACAAAACAAUCCGGAAAGCACUCUACCUUGACCAAUUCUCGAGAACAAGCUCUCGAUAAGCUUGGUUUUGUGUGGGAUUCUCACCGCGCCACUUGGGAAGAACGAUUCCAUGAACUUGUUGAAUUCCAAUCCAACCAUGGACACUCCAAUCUCCCAAGCAGAUACGAUGCAAACCCACGACUGUCCACAUGGGUCAAGUGCCAAAGGAGGCAAUUCAAACUCUUUCAGCAAGGAAAGAAGAGUCAUAUGACUACAGAGAGAAUUGCCAAGCUCUCCAGUAUCGGCUUUGUCUGGUAUCCACGACAAACCACAAAGGUGUCUGUUGGACUGUUGCCACUCUAA